AUGAGUAUAGCAUCGAGCCAUUGGCAGGAGGGUGGCUCGCCUCAUUCCCCUGUAGCUCUCCCACCACAACACUUGAAGGACGCUGCGUUGGACUUUUUCAUGUGUUCUUUCAUCUACGCAUCUCCAUUUGAGCCGUACUUACCACAGCUCUAUGGUAUGAAACAUUCCACACAAGCAAUUCUACCAGCUAUUCACGCCGCUGCUUUUGCCACCUUUGCACAACGUACACGAGAUGAGGAUCUCAUGGAAAAAGCGCGGUCUAACUAUUCCGCCGCUCUUCUACAUACAAAUAAGUCUCUCUCAACGCUCAGGAAUGCACUUCUAGAUGAAACGUUGAUAUGCGUGCUUCUGUUGGGGCUUUUUGAGGCUGUUGUCUUCAAAGGGGGCCAGUCACCAGAGAGCUGGACGGCACAUACGCUGGGCGCCGUUCAACUACUACGGUUGCGAGGAGCAGAUCAAUUUCGUUCCAAGACGGCCCGCCAGCUUUUCACACAGACAAUCACCAAUAUCCGGACAAGCUGCAUCCAGAGAAGAGUUCCCGUACCGCAGGAGUUCCUCGAUCUGGUAAAGGAGGCUUCCCCCUUUCUAGAUUCCGGGCACCCUUGCAUUCAGAUCGGACCUAUCCUCGACCAAGCAGCAACCUUGAGAUCACGAGUCGCGGCGGGUACAAUUAAUUUGAUAGAUGCUGCCUUGGAGGUGGAUCAGGGUGCGAUUGCCCUCUGUGAACUCAUCGAACCCAACAUGAAGUUUACGCCAAAGACUUUGGAAAAUUUCUCCAAGUGGGCGUAUCUCACAAUGGAAUAUAACUAUUUGACUCGUCGCCAUGCCAAAGUUUGGAACACGAUACGCAUGAUCCGCAUGUUCAUGCAUAUGACCAUUUGGGUACACUCCAGCCUCAGCCUUCAACGCACAUUUCAACCUGGGGAAACAGAAUAUUGCAGCUCUGAGCAUUCAUAUGAAGAGCUAUUAAAUUACCGCAAAAUGGCAGCCAAGACCUUGCUUGAGCUUGAGACUGACCUCCUACGCAGUGUGUCUUGCUUUCUAGAGCCACAGAGCCUCGGGGGCAAAUUCUGCGCCUCGGCAAGAUGCUUAAUCUGGCCCUUGACGGUACUCUCACAUUCAGAACUCAACAGUCCAUCUGCUAGGAAGUAUGCGGUUUCAUGCUUGUAUCAGAUAGGCGAAGAUUUGAAUAUGGAGCAGGCGAUCGCCGCGGCUAAGAUGACGCAGGAAAUGAAUAACCAUGAAGACUGGUUGCAUCUCUACCACCUCUGA